AUGAAAAUGAGAUUAAAAAAAAAAUACAGGUAUAAUUUUUUAGAAUAGAAAAAUAAAAUUUGAUAAUACAUAUCUUGUAUGAAUAAAUUCCAUUCUUCAUUAUCAUAUAGUUAAAAGCAGCCUAGAGAAUAGUUAAAAGCAUAUUAUAUAAAGCCUACUUCAUUGGCAUUGGCCAUUCAAAGGGAAAGCUUGAAGAGUCAUCAGAUACACUCACCAAUCAUAGAUAUCUCCCCUCUGCAAUCUUCUGAAACCACUCCCAGUUCAAUCACUUCCGUCCUCACUCCGCCCAUCCCUCUACUUUCUGAGCUCUAAUCAGCCUUUGCAGAGUGAUAGUAGAAUUACCAAUGGAUUUGGACUACGGAACAAAUGCCCAGAUGGAUUUGGAGAGGGUGAUGAUGGAGAAGCUAAGGGAAUUCUCACAAACACCGGUCCUGCACUCCCAUCCACUCGGCUACUCCGGCGCCCUCCCCCCAGAGCUCCUCAACACUGGAGGGGCCUCUUCUUCAGAGAUGCAGAUGCUGCUGAGCUCUCCGGCGGGCGGCCUCUGCGAAAGGCCAUCCGUGGCAGACAUGAGGGAGAUGAUAUUCCGCAUGGCCGCGCUGCAGCCCAUCCAAAUCGAUCCCGAGUCAGUGAAGCCGCCGAAGCGGCGGAACGUGAGGAUAUCGAAGGACCCGCAGAGCGUGGCCGCCCGCCACCGGCGGGAGCGGAUCAGCGAGCGGAUAAGGAUCCUGCAGCAGCUGGUGCCCGGGGGGACCAAGAUGGACACGGCGUCGAUGCUGGACGAGGCCAUCCACUACAUGAAGUUCCUGAAGAGCCAGGUGCAGUCGCUGGAGCAGGCGGCAGCCACCAGCCGCUCCACCGGGCCUGUCGCCGCCACAUGCUUCCCUAGUGGAGGAUCACCCCACGGGAGCUACGCCUGCUUCGAGGCCCCGGAUUUGGGAGCCCAAUACCUCCUGAAUAAUUUCUCCGAUAUUUGCUGAGCUUCAUGUGCAAUUGAUUGCAUAUAUACACUAAUGUUCUAGUUAAAUUUUCAAACUUGACGACCAUGCUUUAUAAUAUCAAUCAUCUCUUCUCGAUCAACAAUGAAUGAACUCCAUGCUUUAGCUUAUUGCCCACAAGAUCAGCAAUAACCUAAUGAUUUCUGUAUGUUGAUUUCUAAUGAUUGAAGGAGUGAUUGGUCUACAACCUGCCAA